GGAAAAGACCGACCGUUUGAGAUUAUCGAUUAUCAGUGACAAAAGAGAGUCAGAUUGAAGUGUAAAUUUUUUUAGAAUGCGUUGCUUAUUUUGAUUCCUUUCAAGUAUUUGUUUGCUUAGGUUUUCUGUUAGUAACUUAGUAGAUCUUCUAAUUUGGUGUCUGAUGGCCUCCAGCUCAAGCGAGUCAGUGCAAAGGAAGCUUGUCAUCAAAUGACUUGUUGCGUGCAAACUAUUCCUAGAUUGAAAAUAUCUUUUAUGGCUUGAGAAGUAAGGGCGAAUAUGGUUUUUCAUUUCAAAUACUUAAGGACAUGGAAGAGACACGAUACGAUGCUGGUGGUCCAGCGGAACAAGGGCCUUCUAAUGCAACAUGGUGGUCUUCGGAUUUCAUUGAAAAAUUUGGUUCUGUUUCUUUAGGUUCUCAGGAAGAGGGUUUUAGCAGCAGGGAAUCACCUAGAACUUUUGAGCAAGAUGGAUUGUCAUCUCAGACAGCCUCACAGAUUUUGUGGAGCACUGGAAUGCUUUCUGAGCCAAUUCCUAAUGGCUUCUAUUCUGUCAUUCCGGAUAAAAGGCUUAAGGAGCAUUUUGACACUAUUCCUACACUGGAAGAGCUUCAGGCAUUAGGUGGAGAAGGUUAUAGAGCUGAUAUUAUUCUUGUGGACUUUGAGAAAGAUAAAAAGCUAUCUAUGCUGAAGCAGUUAAUUCUGGCACUGGUUAAAGGAUUGAAUUCGAACCCAGCUGCAAUGAUUAAAAAGAUUGCUGAACUGGUUUCUGAUUUUUAUAAACGUACAACUACUGAAAGUCCAGCAAAAGCUGCUCUUGACGAAACUUCCCACAUGUUUGAAAAUCAAAGUGUCCAGCUAUUGGGGCAAAUAAAGCAUGGUUUAUGUCGUCCACGAGCCAUUUUGUUUAAAAUUUUAGCAGAUACUGUACAGCUUGAAAGUAAGCUCAUCAUGGGUUUGCCAAAUGCUGGGACUUUUGAGUGUCCAGAUUCAUAUAAACAUAUGUCUGUGAUAGUGAUGUUAAAUUCUGUGGAGCUAUUGGUUGAUCUUAUGCGGUUUCCGGGUCAGUUGAUACCACGAUCAACAAAGGCUAUUUUUAUGACCCAUUUUUCAGCUGUAGGGGAGAGUGAUUCUACUGAAAAUGAAUCGUGUGAUUCACCAUUGGAGCCAAAUAGCCCUCUCUAUGGACUUUCUGAGAAAGUUGAGCAUGACAGUCUGUCACAUAGUGAACCAAAUAUUUUCUGGCGUCGUAGCCGAAGAAAGGUUAUUGUUGAACAGCGGACUGCCAGUUCCAGUCCAGAGCAUCCAUCAUUUAGAGCACGUGCAAGGUCCAUGCUAAGUGGCGAUAGGAAUUCACAUAGAGAUUUUGGGGAUGAUAUUGCUGCAUCAAGAUCUAGUUACAGAUCACAUGGUGCGUCAACAUCAGAAGCUCGUAGAAUGAGAAGAAGAAGCAUUAGCAUGACUCCAGAGAUCAGUGAUGAUAUCGUAAGGGCUGUAAGAGCUAUGAAUGAAACGUUGAAACAAAAUCGUCUGUUGCAAGAGCGCAGGGAGGAUAGUCCUUUGUCCCAUUCUUCAGCUGAUACGAAUGAGUGUCCAGAUCUUCAUAAGAAUGUAUCAAAUUUCCAUCUUGAUGACCACAAUAAAAUAGCUGGCGGAAGCUCUUCAUUGCACAACCUUUCCAGGGAAGAAAUAGAUUCUCAAAAAGCAAUAUCGUUGUCAUUGUCGCCACAUGGCUAUAGGACUCGGAAUUCAGAGAGAAUUGGAGUUUCUGGUUAUGUAGCAAAUGAUGAAAUGGUUGCAACAUGGAAUAAAAUUCUUGGAUCUCCAACGUUCAACAAUAACCCGUUAUUACCUUAUCCUGACUGGAAUAUCGAUUUCUCCGAAUUAACUGUUGGAACUCGUGUUGGGAUUGGGGCUUUUGGAGAAGUUUUCCGGGGUCUAUGGAACGGAACAGAUGUUGCAAUCAAGGUGUUUCUGGAGCAAGAUCUUACUGCAGAAAACAUGGAAGAUUUCUGCAAUGAAAUAUCCAUUCUUAGCCGUCUUCGUCAUCCCAAUGUUAUCCUGUUUCUGGGUGCAUGCACAAAGCCACCACAGUUGUCCAUGAUUACCGAGUACAUGGAGAUCGGAUCAUUGUACUUCUUAAUCCAUCUGAGUGGUCAGAAGAAGAGGUUGAGCUGGCGGAGGAGACUGAAAAUGUUGCGCGAUAUUUGCAGGGGGUUGAUGUGUAUACACCGGAUGAACAUAGUUCAUCGCGAUCUGAAAAGUGCAAAUUGCCUUGUGAAUAAACACUGGACCGUGAAGAUAUGCGAUUUUGGACUGUCCCGAAUAAUGAUCAGCCGUCCAAUGAAAGAUUCCGCCUCUGCAGGAACACCUGAAUGGAUGGCUCCUGAGCUAAUACGCAAUGAACCUUUCACUGAAAAAUGUGAUAUUUUUGGCCUUGGGGUCAUAAUGUGGGAGCUUUGUACUUUAUGUAGGCCUUGGGAAGGUGUACCACCAGAAAGGGUGGGUUAUGCUGUCGCAAAUGAAGGGUCCCGGUUGGAGAUUCCUGAAGGUCCCCUAGGCAGGCUAAUUUCAGAUUGCUGGGCAGAACCGGAAGAGCGGCCAAGUUGUGGCGAAAUACUAACGCGGUUGCUGGAUUGCGAGUACUCUCUCUGCUGAUUCUGUUUACGUUGCCUUU